ACGCAGAAAUCGUAACGAGAUAAUGCUCUCCAAAUUGAAAAUUCACGAACACCCGAUCUCCUUCUAUCACUCCCUUUUUCUCUCUCUCUCUCUCUCUCUCUCUCUCUCUCUCUCUCUCUCUCUUUCUCUCUCGUUGCGAUGUAAGAGGAUUGAGAAUAAACAUCAGAUUACUGCGAUCGUUUCAAACCGCUAACGCCGUACGAACACUUUUCAUUGAAGUUACAUUUAUGUAGCCAAUUAAGCAGGUGACGCGAUAAUCGUAGCCAUGUUUGAUAUAUCGAACACGUAUCGACAUGCGUAUCGAAUUAGCGUAGUAAUGGCGGAUGUUGGGACUUGGACAAGACGCUGAAUUCUUUAUUUUCGACGUUUCGUAUAUUUAUACCGGUAGUGUCACGUGAAGUACUUGGGUGUGAAAGUUUCGACCAGAUUUGAGGCGCAUUCGAUAACACGUAAGUGUGUGAGACGUAGAUCGUGAAAAUUCGAAAUAUUCAUGACGGGCACGAGUCUGUGUAAGCUGUGAGAAAAAUUCGGCGAGAUGCAAAGAAGCUUCAGGAGCGUCCGCGGCAUUCGACAAGAUUUAUUUGGGAUCAGAGCCACUAUUCUGGAUUCUGGACAGAACUGCAGCUAUCGGUUCUCCAUGAAGAGUCCUCGAGUAGACGGACUGGUGGGAGCACCAGACGUCAUUGGUUAUUCCCGAGGCCCGACUUUCAAAUCGAUGAGUUUUACGAUCAAACAUAUAAAUAGUAAUCGAACGGUAAACGCGGACCAAAGUUUCUAUUGGUAUAACCGGAAAGAUGUCUCGCGUCACUAUCAUUCUCGCUCUUCUUGCCGCCGCUUGCGUUUACAUUCGUUUUCAUACUUUGUAGUGGGCAGCGUAACGGCACAGCAUUGUGGUCCUAAUGAAGAAUUUAAAAAUUGUUCAACUAUGUGUGAACCUACAUGUGAUCAGCCUAUUCAAGUCUGUGGCCAUGUUAUUAUGCGAUCCUCCUAAGUGCCAAUGCAUGUGGAAGUUUUUCAGAAACCGUGAAGGAAAUUGUGUUCCAAGUGCCGCGUGUUAAUUCUAACCAUUUGCAAACUUCUGGGAAAUGA